AUGUGGGCUGAAGAUGACUUGGGUCCCACUGCUCCACCAUGUCUUGAGAGCUAUUCAGCACCAGAAUAUUAUAAAGUUUACAGAAUGUAUCACGGCACAUCUUGGGAAGCUGCAGAACAAAUAUUUGAGAAGGGUUUUCUCCAGUCCUGUAAAGGCAUGCUUGGACGUGGCGUCUAUCUCGGUCGAGAUCUAGAGAAGGCCUCCAGAUACCCUCUGAAUCUGCCUGACAACCAGAGAAUGAUUGUCAGAGUGAAGGUCAAUGUUAGAAGAGUGAUAAAGAUUGACCGUCAACGUCAUCCACUGCAGAAAACCUGGCAUGAUGAUGGAUACAACACUGCCUGGUGCCCUCCAAACUGUGGCAUGGUGGAAAGUGGCCUUGAAGAAUUCUGUGUUUGGGAAGACAGAACAAAUAAGUCAUUAAAAUAA